AAGUGGGUUUUCCUUCUGGAGUUCUCGUGAUUCCUUUUAUAUUUUUCCCUUUUUUCUUCCUAAUAUAGGUAUAUACCCAUGUAGCCUAUAUAACAUAGCCACAACAGUUAUUUUGAUAAUUUGGGUAGGCGAAAAAAACAAUCUUUUUAAUACCCUUUUGAAAAUCUUGGCUCAGUAUUUUGAGAAUUUGAUUAUUUGGGUAGGCUAAAAAGGCAAUCUUUCUGUUACCCUUUUGAAAUCUUGGCACAAAGUUGAAAGAUGGAUACGCAGAACACGGAACAUGGACAUGUAAUUGAGGUACGUGGUGACAUGGCAGCUCAAGAGAAGGGGACUAAAAUCUGUGGUUCAGCACCGUGUGGAUUCUCAGAUGUUAACACCAUGUCUAAGGAUGCACAGGAGAGAUCAGCAUCCAUGAGGAAACUUUGCAUUGCAGUUGUCCUCUGCAUCAUUUUCAUGGCCGUGGAGGUUGUCGGAGGUAUUAAAGCCAACAGUCUUGCAAUUCUGACAGAUGCAGCUCAUCUACUGUCGGAUGUUGCAGCUUUUGCAAUAUCCUUGUUUUCACUCUGGGCAUCAGGAUGGGAAGCAAAUCCACGCCAGUCGUAUGGGUUUUUCAGAAUCGAGAUACUCGGGGCAUUAGUUUCUAUCCAAAUGAUAUGGCUUCUUGCUGGGAUCCUUGUUUAUGAAGCCAUUGCUCGACUUAUACAUGAUACAGGUGAAGUUCAAGGGUUCCUCAUGUUUGUGGUGUCCGCGUUUGGGUUAGUAGUGAACCUCCUCAUGGCACUCUUAUUAGGUCAUGAUCAUGGCCACCAUGGUCAUGACCAUGGCCAUGGCCAUGACCACAACCAUAAUCACGAAGAGCACGCUCAUAGCCAUGGUGAUCAUGAGCAUGGCCACGGCGAGCAUACGCAUAUACAUGGAAUCAGUGUUAGCCGACACCAUCACCAUAACGAGGGGCCUUCGAACGCACAUGAUGUAGAUCACACUGUGCCUCUACUUAAGAAUUCGGGUGAGGGAGAAAAGAAAAAGAAGCAACGGAACAUAAAUGUUCAAGGGGCUUAUCUUCAUGUACUAGGAGAUUCUAUCCAGAGCAUAGGGGUCAUGAUUGGGGGAGCUAUUAUAUGGUAUAAACCAGAGUGGAAAAUCAUUGAUCUAAUUUGCACUCUCAUUUUCUCCGUAGUCGUGCUUGGCACAACCAUUAGGAUGAUUCGGAGUAUUCUUGAAGUAUUAAUGGAGAGUACACCAAGAGAAAUUGAUGCGACUAGGCUUGAAAGUGGGCUUUGCGCGAUGGAGGAGGUUCUUGCGAUACAUGAAUUGCACAUAUGGGCGAUUACAGUUGGGAAAGUACUCUUGGCUUGCCAUGUCAAGAUUCAACCUGAUGCUGAUGCUGAUAUGGUGCUGGAGAAGGUGGUUGAUUAUAUUAGGAGGGAAUAUAACAUUAGCCAUGUAACCAUUCAAAUAGAAAGAGAGUAGUGGCGAGGUAAAGUUUAUUUUGGCUAUUUUAGUACUGGUCAUUGGCUUCCUUAUUCUUUCGGAUACUAGUUUAACGCGAAAACUGUUCAUCUAGUUGAGCUGUUCCAGUAUCUGUUUCGUUUUGGUAAAUCAUGAUUUUUAGUGUGUUGGCUUGCUUA